ACAGGAUUACAUCUUUUGAAUUGGAAUAAAAAGUUUAAAAUAUGAAAGCAUUAUAUAUUAACAGUCAGAAAAGGGGAGGUUUUGAGAUUUGCCAUGCACAAAAAAUGACAUUUACUUCCUAAGUCCACUUGUAAGACUCACACACGGUUAGAUUUCUGAGUUCUGCUGUUUCUGCUGCCCACCUUUAUUCUUUAUCAGAACAGUCAAAUCGUCCGUUAGCCUGGGUCAGUAUGUCUGUGUGUACAGGUGGUCACUAUGGCAACAAACGUGAUAAUCCAGCAGCCUCAGAUAGCACCUCUGAUUGCUGUCCAAUCAAACCAGUGGAGCACUGGCAUCUGUGACUGCUUCGAUGACCUCUGUGUCCUCUGCGCAGGUUAUUGGUGCUUCCCCUGUUUCGCUUGCAAGACAGCCUCCGAUUUUGGAGAGUGUUUCUGUCUCCCCCUGCUGGACUUCUGCUGGUCCUGCAUUGCGCUGAUUGGCGGCAUGUCUCCCUGUGUGCCUCCUAUUGCCAUGGCAAUGAGGAUCGGCGUGCGCAACCGAUAUGGGAUCCAGGGUGACAUGUGCUCGGACUGCAUCUACGCCACCUUCUGCAACAGCUGCUCCUGGUGCCAGGUGGCCCGCGAGAUAAAACGACGCACCCAGCCGCUCACCAUCAUCAACGCCCAGCCCACGGUUUUCGCCGCGGCGCCGACGGUCAUCGCUCCGCAGCCCGCUGUCAUCGCUCCGCAGCCCGCGGUCAUCGCUCCGCAGCCCGCGGUCAUCGCUCCCCAGUCUGCGUUCAUGUCCACGCAGUCCACGGUCAUAGCUCCCCAGCCCGCGGUCAUGCCCCAGUCUACAGUCAUGUCCACGCAGUCCACGAUGAUGACCACGCGAUUCCCCUGAUCACGCCGCUGCCUGUGCUCUGGUCUCUGGCGGUCACCCUGCAGAACCCAGGCAGCUCUGGAGAAGGCUCUGGCUGACGUCCACGUAACUUCCAAUUAACCAAUUACACUGGGUGUAUUAGUUUCCCAAUCUCUGUGCACACAAACCUGGGUGUAUUUAUGUGGCUUGUGAUAGUAUCAGGCUGGACUUUAACUUAGUUUAACGCUGACUAUUGAUAAAUGUCUCAACGUUUAUAUUUAACACCAAAAAAUCAUGUUGUAUGCUAAAAUAUAGGCUAUGUAGACAAGGCAGGGAGUGUGCGAAGUUAUGUAGCAUUUUGACAGCCAUUAUAUCACCUAGAAGGUACUAUAUAAUGUUUUGUUUUGAUAUAUGUAAUUUACUGUAUAUAACAGUUCGUUGCUGUAUUUAGAUUAUAAUCUAAAGGCUUGGAUAUGGCCACCUUUGUGUAACUGCCCAAACACGAACGUAGGUGGUGUUGUAGCCCACGUUAUGGUUUAGCGGUUAUAAUUGAAAAGCACACACACACACACAUACACAAAAGCACUGUAUACUGGUUGCUUUAUUCUGCUGGCACCACAGCUGACAUCCUUUCAACGGAAAUAAUUCCGCACUGUUCAAUUGUUCAGUUGUAUUCACUAACGUGACUGUGUAAUGUGGAAGGUGUUAUGGCCAUUUUGCGACAGCGGAAAGUCUUUGAAUAAACAUAGUAUAAUUCACGUUUCCCAGUACCAGGUGUCCAAUCACAAACGCCCUAACUGCAGUUAGCGAGACACUUAAUGAGCCACGCCCAGUUUAAGUGUUUCGUCAUUGGCACGCCCCCUGAACAGGUUCGUUUUACGUCGAUGAAGGAUCAUGUGAAGGUUUGGUCAGUGACGUUGAAGGGGAAGGAGUUAUUGCGUAUUGGCCCGUGAUGCGGCGUAGCGGAGGGAGGGCUCUCCCCUCACUGCUGUUUCCAAACCAGGUUCCACUUACUGCAUGUGGGAGGAUUCCGGCGUGCUAAACAAU